AUGCCUCACUUCCUUCGGACCUCCAUAGCAGCUGUUGGGCUGUGCGGGGCGGUGACCAUACUUUACAACCGUUUGUGGGCACAUCGAACAUCACCUGAACGCAACAAGGAGCUUUUUCGCCUAUCUGCAGUGGCACUAUCUAGUGAGGUGGUGAACACCGUUCUUUUUCGUGACAAAGAGUCACUGAAGCUGCUUCGCCGUUUUGUGAAGGAUGUGUCCUUACAUCCGGCUACGGUGGGGGCUGUUAAAUCACAUUUUAGGGCGGAAUUCACUACAAACAAAGAAACGGUCGCCGCACUGCGCAAGUUUGUUGUGAAAGAGAUCAUCUGCGACAAGUGGGUUGCUGAUGAGCUUAUCGGCAUGUCGAAAGAAGCCGGAAAAGAGAUCAUUGAGGACCCGACCAUAUACCCUGACCUUUCCUUGCGUUUGCUUGCCUCUGCGGCUCAAGAGGGAUUACAAACGCGCCCAUUUAAGGAUGCCUUGCGAGGUGCACUGGUGUCGGCUUUCUGCUUGGCUUUUUUGGGGUCUCAGCCGGAAUUCAUUGUCAAGGAAAUUAAAAAAACGAAAUAG